AUGCUAAAAACUGAUGAUGUUGUUGAACUUUACAAGGACGACGAAAAGGCUGAGCAUCUGCCCAGGUUCUUUCAGUCGGUUUUUUCGAGAGAUGUCGCUGUACCCAUUGAUCACUGGAAUGUGGACAAUGUCCCGACAAUCGACUCAGUGGUUCUCACAAAACCUAUUGUUCAACGGGAAUUACUGAAGCUAAAAGAAGGGACAUCGCCCGGUCCUGACGAAAUACUGGCAAAGUUGUUGAAGGAAUUAGCCACAGAAUUGGCAGAACCUCUGAGUCUCCUCUUGCAAGCCUCCCUUGAUGCAGGCAGACUACCUCCUGAGUGGAAGACUGCGUGGAUCUCACCGAUUCAUAAAAAUGGCAGUCGCGCUUCCGCAAACAACUACCGACCAGUAAGCCUCACCUCUAUAUGCUGCAAAGUUAUGGAGCGAAUUAUCAAACGCAAACUGAUGCGGCUUUUAGAGCAAAAUCAUCUUCUGUGCGAUGCACAGCACGGUUUCCGCAGAGGGAGGUCCUGCUUGACCAAUCUACUCUACUGUCUUGAACAGUGGACCCGAGCGAUUGAUGAAGGAAACGUUGUGCAUGUGGCCUACAUAAACUUCAAGAUGGCCUUUGACAGCGUGCCACACCAACGUCUCCUACACAAGCUCAGCCGCAUAGGGGUAACAGGCAAGCUCUUGAAGUGGAUUGAAAACUUUUUAGUCGGUCGGUCCCAGACUGUUCGUCUUGGUGGCCAGCACUCGGCAGAGGUGACGAUUACGAGCGGAGUACCGCAGGGCUCCGUUCUUGGCCCUAUCCUCUUCCUCAUCUAUAUUGAUGACUCUAUCCAUGGAUUGGACUGCAAAAUUGCCAUGUUUGCUGACGAUAUAAAGCUUUGGACCGUCAUCCGCAACGAGGACGAUGAAGCAAAUUUACAGGCAAACUAA